AUGGACAAGUCUACAUCUCUGCCUGCUUCAAAAGACACCGCAUCAUUCUGGAUCAGAGCAAUCAGCGUGAUCGUGCCGUAUCGGAAAUCAUUUGUGCUGGCCAAUAUGCCCGCUAAACUUGUAUUCGGCGCCGGGGGCAUCGGCGGGACCGAGAAAGGCUUCACUUACACGUGGGACACAGCGGAGAAGGCCUCUUCGCUCCUCGAUACCCUAGAGGCCCUCGGGCUCAAAGAGCUGGACUCGGCAGCUUCUUACCCGCCCGGCAACCCCUGGAACACCGAAACGCUGCUGGGACAGAGUAAGGCUGUCGAGAGGGGCUUCGUCGUUGACUCCAAGGUCCUUGGGGCCCGUGGGCCUAUGCUAACGGACGAGCUCAUCACCGCGAGCGUGGACAAGACGCUUCAGCUGCUCGACGCCAAGAAAGUGAGGACGCUGUAUGCCCACUUCUCGGACAAGCAUACGCCGAUCGAAGAGACGGCCAAGGCCUUUGAUCGGCAGCAUCGAGAGGGAAAGUUCGAACGCCUGGGCCUGUGCAACUACUCAGCCGCGGAGCUAUCACAGUACUUCUCAAUCUGUGACGAGAAAGGCUACGUCAAGCCUGCCGUGUACCAGGGCGAGUACAACGCGCUCCUGCGGGACGACGAAGCGGAACUCAUCCCGAUUCUACGCCAGCACAACUGCGCGUACUACGCCUACAGCCCCCUAGCAGGCGGCUUCCUCACGGGCAAGGUCACCUUCGCGACCAACGCCGAGUCCGAGCUCCACCGGACGCGCUUCCACGGCCCCAGCACGUUCCAGGCCUAUGCCGACAGGUACGACAGGCAAAAGAUGCAUGAUGCUGUCAGAGCGCUCAAGAAGGUGUGUGACGAGGAAGGGGUGAGCCUGCAGGAGGCGAGCCUGAGAUGGUUGAUCUGGCACUCGCAGCUGGGUGAAGGAGAUGCGGUGAUCUUGGGGGCGAGCAAGAAGGGUCAGCUCGAGAGUAAUGUGAAGGAUGCUAGGAAAGGGCCCUUGGGGGGUAGGGUGAAGGAGGCUGUUGAGGGGAUGUUGAGAGUUAAUGGGAAGUGGUGA